GAAUUGACUGAUUUGGCACGUGAUCCUCCCGCACAGUGUUCAGCAGGUCCAGUGGGCGAUGAUGUGUUCCACUGGCAGGCAACAAUCAUGGGACCGAAUGAAAGUCCAUAUCAGGGUGGCGUUUUUUUCCUAACCAUACACUUCCCAACAGAUUACCCCUUUAAACCACCUAAGGUUGCUUUUACUACAAGAAUCUACCAUCCUAACAUAAACAGUAAUGGCAGCAUCUGUCUGGAUAUCCUCAGGUCCCAGUGGUCACCUGCACUUACUAUUUCUAAAGUUCUCCUGUCCAUCUGCUCACUCUUAUGUGACCCCAAUCCAGACGACCCUCUUGUGCCAGAGAUUGCCAGAAUCUAUAAAACAGACACAGAGAAGUAUAAUAGAAUGGCAAAGGAAUGGACAGAGAAAUAUGCCAUGCUGUAGGUGAAGGGCAACUCUGCACUGUGAACAUUAGAGAUACAACAGAAUAGCACGGGAAUGGACUCAGAAAUAUGCCAUGUGAUGUUGGCUGGACACAUUAACAAACUGUUUGUUCUCUCAUGUUUUGGACACUGUUGCAAGACCAUAUUUCUCCAUCUGUCUCUUAUGGAGGCAUAACCCCAGUUUUAUGCUCAAACAGGAAUGCAGGUCUGCUUUUGGCCUUUCCACACUACAAAGUCUCGAUGGACCUCGUCAAUCUGACGGAAACUCGUCCACUCUCAGCUCUGCCUAUCUUUGGUCUCUACCAAUCAACCCGUCACUUCACAACACGUCAUGCCUGUAUGACCACAGUGUGCUUUCUCUGAGCCGCUCGGGGAGAGAAUGUCUUUAGGUUGUUCUGCUUUUUUUGGGGCCUUACUCCUGGAGUGCAUGCAAUCACAGGAGAAAAGGUCAGAUGUUGUACAUCAGUGGGAGAUUGGGGCCGAUUCCUGUAUUGUGCUUAAUUGUAAAGAUUUGCAACAUUUGGAUCAGCUCUUGGCCCAACUUUACACAGCUGUGACACUGAACAACUCACUCGAUUGGCUUAAAUAUCUAUUUAAAGUCCCGCUACUUUUUCCCUUCAAUAAAGAUUAAUAACUCGUUA